AGCUCGAUGUAUAAAUCGCGGUAAGACGAAACUUGCUUCGAGUAUUUCUGGAUUCUCAUUAAGGACAGAGAAAUUGCUAAAUGUAUGGUUUCCCCAUGCCCCACACUGCAUACAAACACAAGAAAGUAACUUGUUUCUGCUUUUCGACUUCAACUCCGACAAUCAACCACCUGAAACCGGGGUUUCUCGCAUCUCUGACCAUGGAAAAUGAGGCAGACCACGCUCAAGUCACCAAGACUCAGCAUGCCGAUCUUGCAAGAAAGUACAAGCUGCAUGGACCGAAAAUCGAACAGAUUUGGCGAAACUUUGAUCAGAGUCAGCGAGUGAAGGUUUUUAAAGAUGGUGUUGUAGAUGGCGGAUACUUGAAGCACUCACAAGAUCAGUCAAUAGGCGCCCCUUGGAAGAUAAUCCCCGAGAUGAAUCUACAUGACAUAACUACAGAACCUGAAUAUCUGCUUGAUCAUCUGAGACACCGAGCUACAACAUCUCUCCUGCAUCAGUACAGAGUGGGCGUUCACGAUGGACCGGGAGAUUGUAUUUUCAUCUUGGAGAGUAUGCGCGACAAGAACCUUCGCCAUACUCACGAUUUCAAAUACUGUUUCACUCGUUUUUACGACGACGAGUCCUAUGGUCAGUCAUUGAAAACAGCCACCGCUGCUGAUUAUCACGAAGUUACAACCAAACUCGCCUUUGCGAUUAAAGGAAAAGCUGUUGUUUCUCAAGAGGUUGGCGAAUUCGUUCUCACCAGACAGCUGCAUACCCUAAUGCACCUGAAUGUAUUAGUUACGGACAUUCUGGAUGUCGGAUCUACUACCAAAUCUACAGAAACACGGCCAAAAAAGUCAAAUGAGGCAGUUAUAUCUGCUCUUUCAAACCUUUCCAUCGUUCACUGUCGGGAGAAGCUUUCGCUAGACGACAUGAUUAACAAUUCACUCGCCCAAAAAACCGCCGUGGGCGAUUAUCUGGUUCUGUGUUGCUCUGAAUCAGUUAUUCUUCAACACAUGGUCAAUGUCUGGUACUUCAGUCGACCGGAACUUAUACCUGAUGAGAAGGGACGAAUCCUCCCCUGGCUGGCCGAUAAAUACAUCAAUACGUCGAUCUUCGAAUUGAUACACAAUAUGGCUACUGGAGCCGCAACCUGGGAUUACAUGCAUCGCCUUCUUCAACUUCUAGCAGAGAAGCCUGACGAUAAAAUUGCCAGUACAAUUUUGCUUCAGGAAGCAUCAAACGUAGCUCAUCUUGAGUUCUAUAGGUUACAGAAAGUUUUAAAACGAUAUGCAGCCUUGGGAAUAGGUACAAAGUACUUCAAACGCAUCUCAGGAAAGUACGAUGAUGGAUUUGCACGAGUAUCACUCAAGCAAGAUCCAGAGCUUCUAACAAGAGAGAACCCACAACUUUCUUACAUACUCCGUCUCUGCUCCCCUGGAAUUGACGUCACCAACGCACAUCCUUGGAUCAAGAAAUUAGAUGAUCUUUAUCGUCUUCAUCCCAUCCAGCGAUCUGAAUUGCACGAUGAUGUUUUGGACGCUUUUGGUGACCUGGUGGUUAUCGUCAGUUUUGUUGAAAAUCUUUCUGCGGCCGUUACUCUGCCACCAAAAAAUGCUAGAAGAGGACAGAUAUAUGCAUCAAGACUCAAGAAGUUGUUGGGCGAGCUUGAACCAUUAAAGCAUCAGCUUGAUCUUUCGAAAUUCGCAGUACCCAUGGAAAACCUUCUUGAACCAGGAAUGACCGAAGGCGCUAUUGAUGCUCUAGAUCAAUUUACAGCGGAACAUAUGGGCACAAGAACGGGAUUUCUAUACCAGGAUCUUGUUGACAAUUGUGUUUCUCAGAUUCAAACUCACUAUGAACAACAAAAAAAUAGAGUGGCACAGAUUGGGAAAAAGCCUCCUAAAACUUUUGAAGAUCCCACUUACGAGAAUGUGGUACCAGGUGUCCUCAUUCAGCAACGAAGACAAAAGGACAAGACGCGACCCACAGAUGUCUCUCCAUAUAACAUUACCCAAGAAAAUACUGAAUUUACACAAGCAGAAACCAUGGAGUUGUCUCGGGUAUUCAAAGUCAACAAAAACACGGCGCAGGUCUUCUCCACCAUGUUCGCCAAGUCUGAAGCUCGUGGUUCAAUUAGCUGGAUUUCGUUCGAAACUGCAAUGGUCGAUUUAGGGUUCUCUGUCAUUCCAAAAUUCGGAUCAGUAUACACUUUCUAUCCAGUAACGAAGGAUGUAGGUCGUGAAAAGUGCAUCACGUUUCACCGACCCCACAAGUCUGAGAUUGAAGGAUGGAAGUUGGUCAUGUUUGCUAGUCGAUUGAAGAGGGUUUAUGGAUGGAAUGAACAAUCUUUCGAGGUUAUUUGAUGUGAACGUAAGGUUCUUUACAGCGGCUUAACGUGGAAGUGGGCAAUAUUCAGACGGUAUUGUUAGGGGCAAGUUUCAAGGAAUGAUUUUGUUUCUAUCAAUGGAGAUAAGCCACUUUAAAGUAUGUAGUGCCAAACUGAUGUAAUCGCUAUUGCCAACUCUUCCAUAUAUCUCAAAUAUUAGGCAACUGUGAAGUAAUGAGAGUGAGAGCGAUGAAUGUAAGAGAGAGAAUUACUAGGCACCUCCAGCUAGGUAGGCA